UCCCUCCUCCUCUCAGCCUCCGACGGUCGGCCUGUCAGCACCACACCCCCACACCACCACUACAACAGCGCCACACCACCGCAGCGUCGCCAGUGGUGCGUCUAGGGUGUAAGGACAGUACCCGGUGUUCAGGAAGGAGGCGUGAUGCUCCUGAACCCCACCAAGCUCCUCGUUGCAGCUCCUCUCGUGUGCCUCGCUCUUACUUCUACAUGUGUGUCGCUUGUGGCAGGUGCUGCGGAGGGGGCAGUGUCUUCCCCAGAGUGGUCAGCGCGCCCCGUGCCGCCCCGCCACCUGGGGCCGCCCUCACCCUGGGAGCAUGCGGCCAGUGACGCCGUGUCCUCCCUCCUUACUGGGCAAAUCAACGCUCAGAAUGUAAUGCGAUAUCAGACGAUACCAGAGAGGACGUCGAGACCGCUAAGAAUAAUGACUCCAGGGGUCCCUAAGAGGCUGUACUUCGCCCCUAGACUUGGAAAAAGGAGUCCCAGCCAAGUGGAGUCACUUGAUGAGCGGGGAAGGAGGGACGCGACAUCUUACAAGGAGGACCCAGAGGAUGCCGUCACCAUCCCUUACAGCUGGUGGUGGCCUUCAGUGUCUGUCCGUCGGUCCAACUUCUCGCCACGCCCAGGCAAGCGUGGGGAGGGGGAGAUAGACCUUCCCUACGACUACUACGACCCAGAGGACGAUGAAGACGAGGAGACUGAGGACGAGGACGAGGAUGAGGGAGUUUUACAGGACAAGAGGGACUCGACAUUUGCGUUCUCGCCACGUCUCGGUAAAAGAGUGCAGAACGCCGCCUUUGCAUUCGCUCCUCGCCCCGGGAAGAAAGACAACUUCGCCUUCGCCCCAAGACCGGGAAAGAAGGCUGGUACUAACUUCGCCUUCGCGCCACGGCCAGGGAAGCGUACCAACUUUGCCUUCGCGCCACGACCAGGCAAGAAAAGCAACUUCGCCUUCGCGCCACGACCAGGAAAAAAGACCUUCGCCUUCUCGCCACGGCUGGGCAAGAAGGCGGACUUUGCUUUCGCUCCGAGGCCAGGAAAGCGAUCGGAUUCCCCAAGCGAGACAGGAGACAGACAGACGGGGGAGACCUGGUGGAUUGGCGAGGGUGGCAGCGCGACGGUUACCACCCAGCCGCCAUUCCUCCCGCCGCGGCUGGAGUAGACGUCCGCUGUACUCUUAUUAUUGUUACCUUGGUAGCGUGGUGGCUGGAGGAGGCGUAGGAGGCGCUAGGAUGCUGAAAGAGUCACCCGAGGCAGCUGUGAGUCCUUAUCCCUCUGUCCCAAGCUCCAGUAAAUACGAGCCAGUCUUUCACGCAAGAGGAAGGUUUCAAGGCUCCAUAUCGUUGAUUACUGAGCUACAUUGAUGAUGAUAAUGAUGAUUGAUGAUAAAAAUGAUGAUGAAUAAACUCUAUCUUUAAUACUU